AUGACUACAUCCAGUCUUCCUCCCGAUUUUAUCUGGGGUUUCUCGACAGCUAACUAUCAGAUCGAAGGUGCCCUGGACGUUGAUGGCCGUGGUGCCUCUAUCUGGGACGCUUUCUGCGAGACACCUGGAAAAAUUGCUGAUGGCACCACUGCCGCAACCGCUUGCAAUGCCUACCACAGGACCCAGGAAGAUAUUGCCUUGUUGAAGGAACUCAAGACUCCUUCAUAUCGUUUCUCUUUCUCCUGGCCUCGUAUUAUUCCCCUUGGUGGAAGAAAUGAUCCUAUCAAUGAAAAGGGCCUGAAUUACUAUGUCAAGCUCAUAGAUGACCUCAUCGCUGCUGGUAUCACCCCCAUGGUUACCAUCUACCAUUGGGAUCUCCCUGCAGCUUUGCAUGACCGCUACGGCGGUCUCCUCAACAAGGAGGAGUUCACUGCGGACUUCUCGCACUAUGUCCGACUACUUUUCAAGACAUUCGGUGACAAAGUCAAGCAUUGGAUUACUUUCAAUGAGCCGUUCUGCAUUGCUGUGCUUGGAUACAACACAGCAACCUUUGCCCCCGGUCACAGCAGUGCGACAGAACACUGGAUCGUUGGUCACAAUAUUUUGGUAGCCCAUGGUGCAGCAGUCAAGAUCUAUCGCGAGGAGUUUAAACCUCAACAGAAGGGAUCGAUUGGAAUUACCCUGAACGGUGACUGGGUUGAGCCUUGGGACCCAGAAGAUCCGGAGGAUCUUGAAGCCCAGACUCGCAGACUGGAGUUUGCCAUCGGAUGGUUUGCCGACCCCAUUUACAAAGGCAAAUACCCUGAUAGCAUGAUCAAGCAGCUUGGUGACCGCCUCCCUACCUGGGAGCCCGAAGAUAUUGCACUCGUAAAGGGGAGCAAUGAUUUCUACGGAAUGAACCACUACUGUUCAACCUACGUUAAGCAUAAAACUACCCCACCUGAAUACCAUGAUUUCAUGGGUAAUCUCGAGGUUCCCCAAGUCAAUAAGGCCGGUGAAAGCAUUGGACCAGAAACAGCAUCGCACUGGCUGCGUCCUAACCCCCCGGGCUUCAGGAAACUUCUCAAGUGGCUAAGUGAUCGAUAUGACUAUCCCACAAUCUAUGUCACCGAGAACGGCACCACUAUGAAGGGUGAGACUGAGAUGCCACUCGAACAGAUUCUGAAUGAUGAGUUCCGCGUGAAGUUCUACAAGGAGUAUAUCGAAAACAUGGCUGAUGCGUAUACCAUUGAUGGAGUGAACGUUGUCGCUUAUUUUGGGUGGAGUUUGAUGGAUAACUUCGAGUGGGCCGAUGGAUUUGAGCCCCGAUUCGGAUGUGUGUAUGUGGACUAUGAGGAUAAUCAGAAGAGAACCCCCAAGAAGAGUGCCAGAGUCAUGCACGAAGUCUUCGAUCGUCUGAUCAAGAAAGAGUGA